ACUUGUAAGUUUUACCGUGUUAUACUUUCUUGAGUUAACGUAAGUAGUUCCCACCUUAUGUAUUAUGAGUUCCAGUAAACGAAUGAAUAAAAUGAAUGAUCAUGCUAAUGCUAAGAGAGUGAAGAAAGAGUGUAACUAUGGUGAAUCAUGCUACAGACUCAACCCAGCGCAUUUGAGGGAAUACAGUCACCCACACUUAGAAGAGAUAUUGGAUAAUCAUUCAGGAUCGGGAAGCUAUGUGAUACCGGACAGGUUGUCCCUCCAGAGGAGUUUGAUUGUUGAUCAACUCAAUAUUAUUGUAGAGAAGCAGUUGUAUGAACCUAAAAAGAAAGAAGAUUUAGAAGAUGUUAACAAAGAAUCAAAGACUAAUGAAACAAAACAAAACAAUAAAAUAAAAAAUGAACCAUCCACAUCACAAAGUAGUAGUAAUGUUAAAAAAGAGGAAAAACAGGAUAGCAGUAAAGGGGUGGAUUUAGAAAUUGCGAGAAGGAAAGAAAGGUGGGAGAAGAUGAAGAGGGAGGAGCAGGAAAAACAGAGUACUGCUUCUAUUGCAAUAUCCUCAGCAUCAGCCACAAAAGCUGCCACAGCAUCUAGUACAGUAUCAGCCACAGCAUCUAGUACAGUAUCAGCCACAGCAUCAACCAAUGCAUCUGCUGCACUACCUGCCACAGUAUCAACUACACAGUUAGCUACUUCUAGAGAUUCCGAUUAUAAGCCUAUCGUGCCGCCGACUCGUCGUAUUCAGGAGUAUUUCAAGGUGGUGCGGCCGCCGGGGGGAAUGGCGGCCAAACACGACGCCAGCGCCCCCUAUCACGUGUUCUAUACCACCAUCACUGACAGCAGGGAGACACAUGGGCAGCCAUACUCUAUCACGUUUCAAGAGAUCCUGGACCGUAGCCUGGGUGAGCUGAAGUGCUCGUUGCAGAUCAACUUCAUGGUGGAUGUGUCGUGGCUGAUGGCGCACUACUACUUCGCCGGAUACAGUGCCAAAAAUCUGACGAUACUAUACGGCGAGGACUCUCCCGACCUGAGAGACAUAAACAAGAAGAAGCCCAACGUGCAGGCGCACCACGUCACUAUGGCCACGCCCUUCGGCAAACACCACACUAAGAUGAUGAUCUUGUGCUACGAGGACGGCUCGCUCCGGGUGGUGAUAUCCACCGCCAACCUCUAUCUCGACGACUGGGAGAACAGAACGCAGGGUCUGUGGUUCAGUCCCCGCUGCCCGGAGCUAGCGGCGGGCGCGGCGGCGGACGCGGGCGAGUCGCCGACCCGCUUCAAGCGCGACCUGCUCCGCUACCUGCACCACUACCGCGCCCCCCACCUCAGCUACUACGUCGACCGCGUCAAGAGAUGCGACUUCUCGCGCGUCAACGUAUUCCUAGUAUCCUCGGUUCCGGGCUCCCAUACGGACCUGGAGUGGGGCAUGGUGCGGGUGGGGGCUCUGCUGCGCCAGCACUGCGCCGUACCGCCGGCGGACAACGCGCGCUGGCCGCUCAUAGCCCAGGCCAGCAGCUUGGGCAGCUAUGGCAAGGAGCCUAAGUUGUGGCUGACGGGCGACUUCCUCACGAACUUCACGAAGACCAAGAACCAGACGCAGAUGCUGACGAGCCGCCCCGAACUCAAGCUCAUAUACCCUUCGUUAGAAAACGUGAAGCAGUCACACGAUGGCCUGCUGGGCGGCGGCUGCCUGCCGUACGCCGCGGACGUCAACAACAGACAGCCCUGGCUUAAGGACUACCUCUUUCAGUGGCGCGCGACUCACUCGGCGCGCGACCGCGCGAUGCCGCACAUCAAGUCGUACCUGCGACUGUCGCCCGACCACACCACGGCCGCCUACUACCUGCUCACCUCCGGUAAUACUAGCAAGGCGGCUUGGGGCUGCAUCAACAAAGGCAACGCCGCGUGUCGCGUGAUGAGCUACGAGGCCGGAGUGCUGCUGCUGCCACAGUUCCUUAUAAACGAAGACUUCUUCCCUCUGUCGGGCGUGAACAAGCUGGAGAUCCCGUACGACCUGCCGCCCACACGCUACACGCCCGAUAUGACGCCCUGGUUGAUAUGUUUAUGGUGCGCGCUGUUGGCGGCGGUGGUGGCGGACGACGAGUACUACGCCCCGCAGACCUUCCGACAGGUGAGGCAACAGUCCCUCUUCCGUCCAUCCGACGCGGCGCGCACGCCGACCACACGCAGAGAAGUCGCCGCGCCCUACGCUAAGACGAUGUUCACCCCGGCAGUCAACGACGUGGUGCCGCAGGGCUCCGUGGCGCAGACCUGGCGACCCGGACCCUCGCACGAGAUAGACAACUAUAAUAGAGAGCAGGAGACGUCGCGCGCGGACUGGCGGAUGCCGUACGGCAUGAGCAAGGAGCAGCAGGCCGCCAUCCUGCACCACAAGCAGUCAUUGAGCUCAGAGGGUGCGUUCCGGUUCGAGUACGCGUCGGACAACGGGCUGUCGGCGGGCGAGCAGAUCGCGCCGGACGGCUCGCGCAUCGGCGCCUACCAGUACAAAAACCCCAGCGGCCAGCUCGUCAAGCUCAAGUAUAGAGCUGGCAAGGAGGGCUUCCAGGUCCUUGAAGGCAGCCACUUGCCGAAGAGUCCGGAGCCAGUGGCGCCCCAGGCCCAGGACAACUACUACCAGGAGGCUUACGAGCAGCAGCGCGACCAGUACCAGCUGCAGCAGCAGUACAACCAGCAGCGCCCCGAGCCCCAGGAGCCCGUCUACCAGGGCCGCGAGAGCACCGCGCCGCAGUACUUCGCCCAGAACUACCAAGGCGGCCGCGACGAUGGACAGUACCGCGACAACUAUCUGGAGGAGAACCGCGGGCCGCACAGCUUCGGCUCGGGCUACGCGUUCGCCUUCCAGGGAUAGACCCACCUAGUGUUUAUGUUAAAUCUAGGUUACGAACUGACGUACUGAGUAUUACUAAUUUACUACCUACUGUUACGUA